GACAUUUAACUGUUUGGUACUUUCGCGAAAUAAACAAUUUUUGGUUGGCACCCUUGAGGGACGUUUUUGAGAAACAAAAUAUAUUAUAUUUGUGAUUAAUGCGAUAAUUUUUUUCAUAAUUUCGUGUAGUUUGGGCCACAAACUACAUUUUUGAUGGCCAUUGCCUUUGGCCGCAUAAUCAGCCGUUAUUGCAUCGUAACUUUGCUACCAGUGUUCGUUGUAAGUUCAAUUUACGCCGAUUAUUCCCACACCCAGAAAAACAAAGUAGAAAAAGAGAAACAAAAUGAAACUGAGGUACUUCAUCCAUAAAGACAUGUAUCUGGUAGCAUUGCCUGUUAUCGGUUUCGGCUUUGGGUGGUUUUUAGACAGGAAGGAAACUGAGCGUCUCACCCUUUUCCGGGACAAGAGCGCUCUAUAUGGACGUGUUUUGAAGGAGGGUGAACCCCCAUCGUGGCCUUGAAACAUGUAGAAAAAAUGUAAAUAAUAAACUCUCUUAGCUUAGUUCGUUUUAUUGA